AGAAACAUCAGGAUGAAAUUAGAAAACAAAACAGGUAUAGCAGACUUCCUCCUCCUGGGCCUCUCAGAUGAUCCAGAAAUGCAGCCCCUCCUUUUUGGGCUGUUUCUGACUAUAUAUCUGAUUACUGUGAUUGGAAAUCUGUUUAUAAUCCUGGCUGUCAUUUCAGACUCCCACCUCCAUACCCCUAUGUACUUCUUUCUCUCCAACUUGUCCUUCAAUGACAUCUGUUUCAGCACGACCACCGUCCCCAAGAUGUUGGUAAACAUUCAUGUACAGAGAAAGUCUAUCAGUUACACAGGCUGCCUCACUCAGAUCUGCUUUGGUUUGAUUUUUGCCGGUUUGGAAAAUUGCCUCCUUGCAGCAAUGGCCUAUGACCGCUAUGUGGCCAUUUGUCAGCCACUGAGGUACACAGUCAUCAUGAAUCCCCGACUCUGUGGCCUACUGAUUAUACUGUCCUUGGUCAUUAGUAUCAUGAAUGCCCUGCUCCACAGUCUGAUGGUGUUGCAGCUUUCCUUCUGCACAGACCUGGACAUCCCUCACUUCUUCUGUGAACUUGGUCAUGUCCUUAAGUUAGCCUGUUCUGAUACACUCAUCAAUAACAUCCUAGAAUAUUUUGUAACUAGUGUUUGGGGUGGCAUUACACUCCUUGGAAUCAUUUUCUCUUACACUCAAAUUGCCUCUGCCAUUCUAAGAAUCCCAUCAGCUGGUGGAAAGUAUAAAGCUUUUUCUACUUGUGGUUCUCACCUUUCUGUUGUAUCCUUGUUCUAUGGUACAGUUUUUGGAGUCUACCUUAGCUCUGCAGCUACUCUUUCUCCCAGAAAAAGUGCAAUAGCCUCAGUGAUGUACAUUGUGGUCACGCCCAUGCUGAACUCCUUCAUCUACAGUCUGAGGAACAAGGACAUAAUGGGGGCUUUGAGGAAAAUCAUCUCAAAAGUAACUUUUCAUGGAUUGCAGAUUUAA